AACUUGUAAAAUGAACAUGCCAGAGCUUACUUCAAAGGGCACUACCAUUUCCAAAAAGGGCUUCAAGAAGGCCGUGGCUAAAACUCAAAAUGAGGAAGGCAAAAAGCGCAAGAAAAGCCGCAGAGACAACUAUUCUAUUUACAUCUACAAGGUACUGAAGCAGGUUCACCCCGACACUGGAAUCUCUUCCAAGGCUAUGAGUAUUAUGAAUUCUUUUGUUACUGACAAUUUUGAGCGCAUUGCCAAUGAGGCUUCCCGCCUGGCGCAUUAUGACAAGCGCUCAACCAUCACCUCCAGGGAGAUGCAGACGGCCGUGCGCCUGCUGCUGCCUGGGGAACUAGCCAAACACGCGGUGUCAGAGGGCACAAAGGCAGUCACCAAGUACACCAGCUCCAAGUAAAACAUGAUCUAACCAGCAGAUGAGCUCCAUAAACCAAAGGCUCUUUUAAGAGCCACUGAUAAGUUUCUAAUAGGGCUGUAGGCUGUUUUAUGAGUAUACCUCAUUGCCAGACUGAUAGAUUAGGCAACACCGUAAUCUUUAAUUCUAAACUUAGCAUUAACUACCUGCAGCAGUUUUGGUGAAAGCUAGUCUCACAGCUGAAGCAAUUC